AUCUGGGCCUUGCAGAUGGAUAUGGACUCUUUCAGUAAGUCACGAAUGGUGAUGAAUAUUGUGCAAUCAUCAAACAUCCCCACUUCUGAACACCUGAUGGAGGGAAGUUCAUUGAAGCAGCUGGAGAUAGUGGGCUUAGGGUACUUUUACUGUAGCUGGAAUCAUGCCUUCAAAAAUCAAAUAACAACACUACAGGGGCAGGCCAAGAACCGAGCCAAUCCUAACCGCAGUGAGGUACAGGCCAAUCUUUCGCUCUUCUUAGAGGCAGCUAGUGGCUUCUACACACAGUUGCUGCAGGAGUUGUGCACAGUCUUCAAUGUGGACCUUCCUUGCCGUGUAAAAUCGUCACAGCUAGGAAUCAUCAGCAAUAAGCAAUGCAGCACCAGUGGGAUUGUGAAGCCCCAACCCAGCUCUUGCUCUUAUAUUUGCCAGCAUUGCCUUGUACACCUUGGAGACAUAGCACGAUACAGAAAUCAGACUAGCCAGGCUGAGUCCUACUACAGGCAUGCAGCUCAACUUGUCCCUUCAAAUGGGCAGCCAUACAAUCAGCUGGCCAUUCUGGCUUCCUCUAAAGGUGAUCAUCUUACGACCAUUUUCUACUAUUGCAGAAGUAUAGCUGUCAAAUUUCCUUUCCCAGCUGCUUCCACUAAUCUACAGAAGGCGCUUUCUAAAGCACUGGAGAGCCGUGAUGAUAUGAAGACAAAGUGGAAUGUUUCCGACUUCAUAAAGACUUUCAUUAAGUUUCAUGGUCAUGUAUAUUUGGCCAAAAGUUUAGAGAAAUUGUGUACUCUGAGAGAGAAGCUGGAAGACCAGUUCAAGAGACUUCUUCCUCAGAAGGCAUUCAGUUCUCAGCAACUUGUGCACCUUACGGUCAUUAAUCUGUUUGAGUUGCAUCAUCUGCGUGAUUUCAGUACUGAUUCUGAUGACCAUAGCUAUAGUCAAGAAGAACUGUUGUGUUGGACACAGCUCCUGGGUCUCUUCAUGUCCUUUCUUGGAGUCAUGUGCAAGUGUGCAUUACAGGAUGAGAAUUUGAAAGAAACCUUGGGUGAAUGCCCACUACCUGCUGUUAAAGUUUCGUUAGAUUGGCUGAAGCUCAGACCAAAUGUCUUUCAGGAAAGUCCAUUAGAAGAAAGACAGUACAUUUGGCCCUGGAUUGUAUCGUUGCUGAACAGCUUUCAUCCACAGGAAGACGAUCUUUCUGGAUUUAAUGCUACUCCUCUUCCGGAAGAAUUUGAAUUACAAGGGUUCCUUGCACUCAGACCUUCUCUCAGAAAUCUGGAUUUCUCAAGUGGGCACCAAGGAAUAGUGGCAGACAAGGAAGGGCAGCAACUAAGGACACGGCAUCAGCGAUUGCUUGCUUUGGGAAAGUGGAUAGCAGAAAAUCAUUCCAGACUUAUCCAGAGCAGAAUUGAAGAAGGAAAACUACUGUUUGUAACUGACAUCCCAGAGCUGGUUAAUGAGGAUUCUUCUGAAUUAAAGGAUAGUCUGAUCUUGCUGGAACCACCCUUUUCAGAACCUAGCAGCAUUGAGAUUAGUCAGGGUCUAAAAUCCGUCUUGUCUUCAGGCAAGACUCAGAGUAACAGUUCAGAAAGUGGUGAAAAACUGGUUACGUUCAAGGAGAAUAUUAAACCACGAGAACAGAAUCGGAAUCACCAUCCGAAAGAAGGCAUGAAGGAAAGAUGGGACUAUAACAAAGGAAAUGAUAUUGCAAACAAAAUGGAUGUAAAACGAGACAGCAAUAAGAGAAAGACUGAACCAAAGAAAAACAACCAGGACAAAAAUCUGGAACAUGCACGGAAACAGAAUGUGGCAGUGCAGGUAAAAACUCAGACAGAUUUGAGAAAAACCCCUGUAUCGGAGGCGAGGAAAACACCAGUGACCCAGUCACAAAACCAAACCAGCACCUCUCAGUUCAUCCCCAUCCAUCAUCCAGGAGCAUUUCCUCCUCUUCCUAGCCGGCCAGGGUUCCCUCCACCUCCCUAUCUUGUGUCACCACCAGUUACUUUCCAGAUGACACCUGGCUAUACCUUUCCACCUGGAGUCUCCAUACCAGGACCCUUCCUCCAAGCCACUAGUCACCCACAGUCAGGAAACCAGGUGCCUGGUGGAAAGCAGUCUCAUGUCCCUUAUAGCCAGCAGAGACCAUCAGGGCAAGGGCCAAUUAACCAAGGGCCCCAACAACAACAACCUCAGCAACAUCAGGUUCCCCAGUCCCAAUCACAGCUUCAGGUUCAAGUUGUGAAUCAACAGUCCCCAACUAAGGCAACACAGCAACUGGGAAAGAAUCAACACCAUCUGGGACCUCAGCAGUAUUUGCAGGCUGAUCAGACCAACCAGCUUUGGAAUCAACAUCAUCAUGCGGUCUCCUCUCAGCAUCAGAAGACAUCAAUCCAGAUGUCUUUGAAACAGCAACCCUAUUACAUGCAUCAGGACCCAUUAAAGCUGUUUGAAAAGUCACUUCAGCAACAAUCGCAGCAAGUCCAGAUGGAAAAGAACCUGAAGGCUUUCCCUAUGGAACCAUUUACCCCUAAUCCUUCAGAUGUGCAGAAAUUGCAGGACUUUGCAUGGGACUAUGAAAUGCGGCAUAUUAUGGGACCUCAACUGAGUAAUGAUCGUAUGGUGAAACGACAGCCAGGGGUAUUUCGAACAGAUCAAGAUAGCAUGUCUAGAAUGCAGUCGUAUGAGGAUGCCAAGAGCUCACCUCUGUUGCCUCCUGAUCUGUUAAAAAGUAUUGCUGACUUUGAGGAGGAGGAAGAGCUGGCUUUUUCCAAACCCCAUGAUUUCUACCAGGCCUUGACUAGCCCUCUUUGCAGUACUUCGGGGCGAGGUUUCUUUAUGCCAAACAGGUCACGACUUGAGAGACCUUCUGAGCUAAUCACGUCUUCUUCCUUAUUAUCUUUACCACCCUUUUCACUCAAUCAGGAGAACUCUCAGAAUAACAGCAUCUUCAGUGAGGUUUAUGGCAAGAAUUUAGCACCAAGUGGGAAAUCAGAGAAUGCACUACCCCAAGCAUUCCACGAGGCCUCCUGUUACUCACUUUUUGAUGGAAACCCUUGGUCCCCUUCUCUUCCUGCCAGUUCAGAUCAUUCAACACCAGCAAGCCAGUCUCCACACUCCUCUAAUCCCAGCAGCCUACCAAGUUCCCCUCCGACUCACAACCAGAACUCAUUCUCUGGAUUUGGACCGAUUGGAACGCCUGACAACAGUGAGAGGAGGUUGGCUGACCGCUGGAACAUGAAACGUACUGACAAGCCAGUAAUGAGUGGAUUUGGCCUGGACUAUCUACCUGCUGCAUCUUCCUCUUCAGACAACACCUGGCAUCAGGGUGGUACACCUAGCAACACGUGGGCUGCCCCAGACACCACACUGGAUGACUCGUCCACAUUGCUCAUGGACAGUUUCAAGUCAAUCUGGUCAAGUUCAAUGAUGCAUCCUGGACCCUCUGCACUGGAGCAGCUGCUAAUGCAGCAGAAACAGAAGCAACAGCGAGGACUCGGCACACUGAACCCACCACACUGAGAGGCACAAUGGCAUGACCGGUGAAUCCAGGUUACACAACUCAAGGCAUGUUGGGUUUGCAUUACAACCCACGGUCCCCUGCAGGUGGCAGCCCUCUCUUCUGUGUUUUCUUGCUGUUGAGAGGGCGUAAGCACUCCACCAGUGCUGCGUGUGCACAAAGCUGCUGCUGAGGAAAAAAUAAAAAAAGAACAUUACAUGCUUCCUGUCACUUCCAGAGGAAAGUCCAUCACCUGCCUCACUCAGUUAUCUCCUAAACACUUGAUUCUGGUCAAAGAUCUCCUGUGUUGUUCUCCAUUUUAUACAUCUCUAAUACAGUUGGUAAACAAAGAGAGAUGAGAUGGGGAAUGAAAAGUCAAGUGGGCUGAGGUGGUGUUGCAUUGUAAAAAAAAAAAAGAGAAUCAGCUAAUGAAUGCUCUGCUGGUGAGGACAUGGUUACGUUUUUUAAAUCCUCUUAUCAUCUUGGUUAUUGAGAGUGAUCAUUUUCUGCUCUGUUAAGGAACAGGUGUGCUUGUAAUCUCUAAAUGUAGUGACACUGGCCCAUUUGUCAGCUUUCCUCAAACCUAUUACAUAAGGAUGUGUGGAGGCAUUCUGUUAGUGAAUUUAUAUGAAGGUAACUUUUCAGACAGGCAAGGGUUUUGUGUGUUUGAAAACAGCUUCACAUCACUGCACCUUUAGCUAAUAGAUUUUUUAAAAGGAAAAACUAGUCGUUAAUGUCAAUAGCUGCAGUAGUAAUUACAAUAUUAAAUACUUGUGAUACUGUUCUGUAGCAAUCCUAGCUAAAAUGCUGAUAAGACGUGCAGCAGAGAGCUCUGCUUAAAACAAAAAAAGCAGUAAUUGCUAAGGAUUUUAAAUUAGUGGUUUUUGAUUAUAACAGUAGCUAUAAAUUUUACUAUAGCAUACCAACCUUGAAAGGGUUAAUUUAUCUAUUUAGUUCUAGUUUCAGGCUUCUUUUAAUUACUAGAUAAGAACAGCUUUUGUCAGCUUCUGUCUGAUGGUGAUUUUUAUUCCCAAUUUGGCAGUGUCUUUCAAAGUGAAAAAAGGGUCCAGCAAUGCUGCUGGUUCAGCAAAACGGGGCACAAAGCAGGUGUGUGUGACUGAGUAAGUGGGCCACCUGUACUUGUGGCUAUUUGUUGCUGCUUGUGGCCACCUGCUACUCCCAUUUACAAUUUAAGAAUGAAAAUGAAUAGCAUGGGUCAUACACUGUGGUCAUCAUACCAGUAAAAGUUUCAGGCUCUUGAAUGUAACGAAACAUUUCUGUCCUUUUUGAGCUUUGUGGAAAGAUCUGAAUGUAUCAUUUGCAAAGUCACAUGGAAAAUACCUGUUAAAGCCAUUCUUUAAGUCACAGUGAUGAAAACACUUUUUCAGUUGAGACUUCAGUUGAAUUUCUGAUGGCAAUAGCUGAUGUAACUGUAGGAAUGCAUUUUGUUUAUUUUGGGAUGGAAGAGUUACAUGUCGGAGUUGCUGAGAACUGUUCAAAACCAAUAUCUCAUGCUUGUGGGGUAAGGUUUGAAGCUCGGGUGGUGCUAGAACAUUCAGGCCAGGUUGGUAAGCAGUGCAACACUAGAAAGAAGUGGAGAAAAGGAAUCCAUUUUUGUUUUGAGGGAAAUAGUGUACAACAACCUCUUCACGGUAAUAAAGACUUACUAAUUGAAAACAACAAAGAGAAUCCCCGCCCCAAAAGCCUUUGUUCUAAAUCAGUGCUCUGCACCACAGUUAGAAGCGCAGCUCCACAGCCCAACCCACUGAAACAUUCCACUGUUCUGCUCUGGUCACCUAACUCUAAAACUACUCUGGUACUGAAUCACCUCACUGCACCCUGAAUCUGUUCACUGAGCUGACAGGUCCCAGAAGGUUAGCAGAAGUACCAGGGCAUGAAUUGACAACCUGCAUGCAUGUAUGCUGUUUGGAAUAAUUAUAUUUCUGGGGAACAGGAGCACUGCAAGAAAGAUUAUAGAGCCCUUGGAAAAAAAUGGUUUCUGUUCUAAGCUUUUGUGUUCAUGUCUUUUUUGUGUAAGAACUUGUGCAGCAAUUGCUGGAAUCAGCUUUGCCUUCAAUAAAUGAAACCAUGUUCUAAACAAAACUGUUUUAUGUUUAAUCACUUGUUCUUUUGUGCACAGUAAGUUACUUGAAGGAAAAAUCUACGAACAUUGGUGUGGUGCUAAACUUACAUUAAAUACUGUUAAACAUGCAA